UUUCGAUUUCUCUUUCGUUCGUAUCUGCGAAGCAAAUUUCUGGGGAAGCACGAAAAUUAUGGCGUCGGUACGACUCUUCUUCACUCUCCUCUGCUUCGUCUUCCUUAUAUCCAUCUCUGUUGCCGAAUCAAACGAAUUAGAGCCUCACGUCGCUGAGUCUUUCAAUGUCAGCCUCAUCCAGAGAUUGGGGAAUACUUGUUCGUACACGGUGAUCAUCUCGACGAGCUGCUCGUCGACUAGGUACACGCGCGAUCAGAUCAGCGUCGCUUUCGGCGAUGGAUAUGGGAACCAGAUAUAUGCACCAAGGCUUGACGAUCCAUCUACAAAAACGUUUGAGCAAUGUUCAUCAGAUACAUUUGAGAUAAACGGACCAUGCACAUACCAGAUAUGCUAUGUGUAUCUCUACAGGUCAGGUCCAGAUGGUUGGAUUCCAGAGAGUGUAAAGAUAUAUAGCCAUGGGUCCAAAGCGGUCACCUUCUCAUAUAACACGCACGUCCCUGAGAGUGUAUGGUAUGGUUUCAACUACUGCAACAGCGCCUCGGAUUCUAAUGUCUUAGCCAUUGGUCUCAGAAGGAUCGUUAUCAUACUCCUAGGGUUUAUUGUCGCUGGUACAACAUUGCUCUUGUAAGCUGUUGUUAUGGUUUCGGUUUUUUUUCACUGUCGGGUUAUUGUAUGAACAUAAUUUAGGACUUGUGAAGAAUAAAUAAAUAAAUGUGUACCGUUCUUGGGUCUCAGAUCAUGUAUUAACCAUAAAAAAACUAUGAUGAAAUUUCCUACUCCUAAAUUACAGAGUGUGUAGAUGUA